UAGAUUAUAUUUGUUGUCAACAGAUAAGGAGAAGAAAUGCUACCAAAUGGGGAAGGAGCUUAAUGGAACAUGGGAAUGGAACCUAAAGUGGAAAAGAAGACUGAUGGAAUGGGAAGAAGAGUCGGCUUUUGAGUUAUCAAAAAUGAUUGAGGAGAUGAAAAUACUACCAGGAAUCACAGACAAAUGGGAGUGGGUGCACAAAAGGGACGGCAAGUACUCAUCUUCAUCAGCAUAUUCACUGCUGUCAAAUACCCAGCAGAAUCCAAAUGAAAAAUUUUUCAAAAGAAUAUGGAAUAACAAUAUUCCAAGCAAAAUUGCAACAUUUAAUUGGAGAGUUGUGCUUGACAAAAUACCAACCAAAAAGAACUUGUUGAAAAAAGGAAUUGACAGUGUUAUGGAUGAUGGGAAAUGCAGACUUUGUGAGGAGGAAGAAGAAGACUCUGCCCACCUGUUUUUGAGAUGUAAAGUAGCGAAGUGGAUCUGGAAGGAGUGUGCUAAAUGGUGGGGGAUUUCUUUAAGGUUGGAGUCGGAUUGCUGGAAAUCUUUCGACCACCUUCAUGCAUGGACCAAUGAUAACCGGCUCAAAAAUGGAUGGGAUUGCAUUUGGAGUGCAGUGAUCUGGUCAAUAUGGCUUUUGCAGAAUAGAAAGGUAUUUCAAGGCUAGGAAACAAACAUGGGUAAGCUGUUGGAAUUAAUUCAAUUAAGAUUUUUUUUUUGGAUUAAAUCAAGAAUAGCUGGUUGUCACUUUUAUCUUUCAGAUUGGUUCUGUAAUCCUAUAGCUUGUCUUACGGAUGCUUAAGAGUAAGCUUGGGAGUAGAAUAGUUUGAAAGAUAGGAGUAACAGUGUAGGCUAUCUCUUCUCUGCUCUUGUGUAAAGAAUUAGGUGGAGUACUACUUGUACAUCCACAAUAUUUUCAAUAAAUUACCUUUGCUGUG